CAUUACGCUGAACGAAGAAAUUGUAAAGUCGCCGGACUCCAUCGUGGAAGAAUUUAAUAAUCAAGCAAAGAUGAUUCUGAGCCUGGCGCUCAUUUUGAGUGCCAGUGUAGAGUCCUUCAAUUCAGUGAGGAGAGCUGAACUAGAUUGCGGCUGCUUCUUCCCCGUGGAGCGGGUCGCGAACUGCUCAAAUCGACCAAGCAUUGACUUUAAGUGCUUGAGAAAGAGAGCCCCAACCGAGCUCUGGCUGAGGUGGAAUAAUUAUUCAGCAGUGCCAGAGGAACUAUUGCACGAUUUCAAUAGCACCAGAAAAAUUGAUCUAUCACACAAUAAUAUAGAAGUGCUGCCCGUUGGCAUUGCGGAAUGUCUACCACAGUUAUGGCAUUUGGUUCUCGAUCACAACAACUUCUCUGACCCAAACGAACUCCUGCGCAUAAAUAUACGAGGCAAGGCGUCGAUGCAUUACAAUCCAUUUAAGUGCGAUUGCAGCGAUCCCAACUAUAAGCAAAUCCUGAAUCAAGCUAACAAUUUAAGGACAACCGUCGUGUGUGCAAAUAAUAAAACUGGCAAGCCCAAAUCGUAUCUGGACCUUUGCUACCAAUCGCACAGCUAUGAAGAACAAGUUAACCAGCGGAUAUUGUGGCCUUUAAUAACAAUCGUUAUUGUUAUUUUUAUUGUACAUGUCAUCAUUUGCCGCAGAUAAGCGUGAAUCAUUAUACUAUACUAUAUUGAAUCAUAAUAUGAAAAUUUGUUAAGCUACAGUAUUAGCAUAUCAGCUAUAAAUAAAAGAAUCUUAAUCUAAAAAUAAGAAAAGGUUACAACAGAUAUC